AUUAUCCUUAACCCUGGUGCCUCUACGUGGUUUGAGCGCUGCAGUAUAAUGGUGAUAUUACUCAACUGUGUGACCCUGGGCAUGUACCAACCCUGUGAGAACAUAGACUGCUCUUCAGACCGCUGUAAGGUACUACAGGCCUUCGAUGUGUUCAUCUAUGUCUUCUUUGCCGUGGAAAUGGUGGUGAAGAUGAUGGCCCUCGGAAUCUUUGGCCAUCGCUGUUACCUGGGUGACACGUGGAACCGUCUGGAUUUCUUCAUCGUCAUGGCAGGGAUGGUAGAAUACUCCUUGGACCUCCAGAACAUCAACCUCUCAGCCAUCAGGACAGUCAGGGUCCUCAGACCCCUCAAAGCCAUCAACAGAGUUCCAAGUAUGCGUAUCCUGGUGAAUCUCCUCCUGGACACUCUCCCCAUGCUUGGGAAUGUCCUGCUACUCUGUUUCUUCGUCUUCUUCAUCUUCGGCGUCAUUGGAGUGCAGCUGUGGGCGGGGCUACUGAGGAACCGCUGCUACCCCAAGGAAAACUUCACCCUUUCUAAGGACAUCUCCCUGCCUCGCCCUUACUACAUGGCAGACGAGGAUGAUGAGCGACCCUUCAUCUGCUCUCUCGCCCAGGACAACGGCAUCAUGGCGUGCACCGACGUCCCGGCCCGCCGAGAACUAGGACGUACCUGCUGCCUGGACAAGGACGAUGUGACACACAGACAGGGUUUGGGGCUGAGUCCUGAACCCCUGGUUAAUGGGUCAGUGAGUGGGCCUGGACUGUGUGUCAACUGGAACCAGUAUUACACACGCUGUCACACGGGCCACAGCAACCCACAUAAAGGAGCCAUCAACUUCGACAAUAUCGCCUACGCUUGGAUCGUCAUCUUUCAGGUGAUCACCCUGGAAGGCUGGGUAGAGAUCAUGUACUAUGUAAUGGAUGCUCACUCCUUCUACAACUUCAUCUACUUUAUACUGCUCAUCAUCAUUGGUUCUUUCUUCAUGAUCAACCUGUGCCUAGUGGUGAUCGCCACCCAGUUCAGUGAGACCAAGCAGCGGGAGCACCAGCUGAUGCAGGAGCAGAGAGCCCAGGCCCACUCUUCCUCUACUCUAGCCAGCAUGACUGAGCCCUCGGCAGGCUGCUAUGAGUCCGUCUUCCAGCUGGUCUGCCACGUCCUCCGCAAGGCCCGCAGGAGGUCCAUGGCGCUCUGUAACCGACUGUUGGGGAGGCCCAAGGAGGUGAAAGGAGCAGGGAGAAGAGGAGGAGGAGAGAAGACCAACGUGAAUGGAGGAGGAAGAGGAGUAGGUGGAGAGAGGAGAGGGCAGCACAGACAGGCGGUCCACUGUCCCCAUCACACCAAGCCGGACCACGCCUCCCCAGGAGACUCCAUCGCCCUCACCCUCUCCCCCUCCACCGACGGCUGCCCUCAUUGCACCAACGCCCUGUCAAUCAGCGACGGGGCGGGACCUGCCGACAGCCUGGCCAAUUUGGAGGUGGAGGAAGGAGCUUUGGAGAAGACGGAUGGGGAGGGCAGCAAAUGCGAUGCCGGGAAGGAGGAAGUGAAAGACGCGGCUCCCGCUAAGGUUUCUGGGGGAUGUAGGCGGGGGUGUGGGAAGCUGUGGGAGGAGACGAGGUUGAAGUUGUUGGGGAUCGUGGAGAGCAAGUACUUCAAUAGAGGAAUUAUGAUCGCUAUCCUCAUCAAUACCAUCAGUAUGGGCAUCGAACACCACAACCAGCCUGAGGAACUAACCAACGUGUUGGAGAUCUGUAACAUAGUAUUCACUAGUAUGUUUGCCAUGGAGAUGAUUCUGAAGAUAACAGCGUCCGGAUGUUUCAACUAUCUGAGAAACCCCUACAAUGUGUUCGACGGUGUCAUCGUCAUUAUCAGUGUGUGUGAGAUCAUCGGCCAGUCUGACGGAGGUCUGUCCAUAUUGAGGACCUUCAGACUCCUUCGUGUCCUGAAGCUAGUCAGGUUCAUGCCGGCGCUGCGCAGACAGCUUGUGGUCCUGAUGAAGACUAUGGACAAUGUGGCCACCUUCUGUAUGCUGUUGAUGCUGUUCAUCUUUAUAUUCAGUAUCUUGGGGAUGCAUAUUUUUGGCUGCAAGUUCAGCCUGAAGACAGAGGCAGGAGACACUGUUCCAGACAGGAAGAACUUUGACUCUCUACUCUGGGCCAUCGUCACUGUGUUUCAGAUCCUCACCCAGGAAGACUGGAACACGGUGCUGUAUAAUGGAAUGGCUGCCACCUCUCCUCUAGCUGCUCUGUACUUCGUAGCUCUUAUGACGUUUGGGAACUACGUCCUCUUCAACCUUCUGGUGGCCAUCUUGGUAGAGGGAUUUCAGGCUGAGGGAGAUGCUAAUCGCUCCUAUUCAGAGGAGGACAGUUCCCCCUCUAACUUUGACGAGAGUGAGAAGCUUAAUGAUUCUCUCAAACUGUCUGAUCCUAAGAUCUGCACUUUGACCCCUAACGGGCACCUGGAGUUGACCACGUUGACCCCGGUGAUGACCCCCAGGGGGUCGUACCCCACUGACAGGCUGACUUAUGCCCUGGGGUCACGGAAGAGCAGCGUUAUGAGUCUGGGCAAGGCCAACCUGGAGCAGAGGAGAUCAUUCUCUCUGCACCACGGCCGCAGUUCCCUGCACCACCAUUGGGGUCGCCCUCCCCCUCCUCAGAGUGCAUGGAACCGCAGGUCCAGCUGGAACAGCCUGGGUUGUCCCUCCCGGGGGGUAGGGGGGAUGGGAGCAGGUGUGGUGGGAGGAAGCCUCCGUGUCCGAAGCCCCCACUCCCACAUCCACUCCCUUUACCACUCAGCCGAACACGAGUUCCUCCUCUCCCCCGCUCUCCGCCUCCCCCCUCACCACGCUCCCCCUCUCCCCCUCCUCUCCCGACGCAAUGCCAUCCGGCACCGGGACCGCCGCGCUCUCUCCCUGGAGCUGCCAAACAUGCUCCAGGUCCCCGGGGGACCUCCGUCUCACCCCAACCCCAGGAUGAGGAGUGUUUCUGGGGGAGGGAGCAGUGGCAGUGGGGGUAUGGUAGUGGAGCACCAUGAUUGUAAUGGAAAGGCUCCUAGUCCUGUUAUGGGUCACCAGACUGCCCAACUCCUAACGGAGGUCUUCCCUCAGCUGAACCUCGCCAAGGACAGAUCGGACCUGGAUGAGGAGAUAGACUAUAGUCUGUGUUUCCGUAUCCAGAAGAUGAUGGAGGUGUACAGGCCUGACUGGUGUGAGAAAAGAGAGGACUGGUCUGUCUACCUCUUCUCACCACAGAACAAGUUCAGACUGCUAUGUCAGUCCAUUAUAGCCCACAAGCUCUUUGACUACGUGGUUUUAUCCUUCAUCUUUCUCAACUGUAUCACUGUAGCUCUGGAGAGACCCAAGAUACUGCAGAGCAGCUUGGAAAGACUUUUCCUCACCGUCUCCAACUAUGUCUUCACAGCCAUAUUUGUGGCUGAGAUGACCGUCAAGGUGGUCUCUAAGGGUCUGUACCUGGGUGAGAAGGCCUAUCUGAAAAGCAGCUGGAACGUUCUGGAUGGUUUCCUGGUCUUUGUGUCGUUGAUUGACAUUGUUGUGUCCAUGGCGGGCGGGGCUAAGAUCCUGGGGGUGCUGAGAGUGCUCAGGCUGCUCAGGACACUACGCCCUCUCAGGGUGAUCAGUAGAGCUCCAGGCCUGAAGCUUGUGGUAGAGACUCUCAUCACGUCUCUGAAGCCUAUAGGAAACAUCGUCCUCAUCUGCUGCGCUUUCUUUAUCAUCUUCGGCAUCCUCGGAGUGCAGCUGUUCAAGGGGAAGUUUUACUACUGCCUGGGUCUAGAGGUGAAGAACAUCACCAACAAGUCUGACUGUCUCCAGGCCAACUACAGAUGGGUUCACCACAAAUACAACUUUGAUAACCUGGGACAGGCUCUGAUGUCUCUGUUUGUGCUGGCAUCUAAAGACGGCUGGGUCAACAUCAUGUACCAUGGUCUGGAUGCUGUGGGCAUAGACCAACAGCCGUCUAUUAACAACAAUCCGUGGAUGCUCCUGUACUUCAUUUCCUUCCUCCUCAUCGUCAGUUUCUUCGUCCUCAACAUGUUUGUGGGCGUGGUGGUGGAGAACUUCCACAAGUGCAGACAGAACCAGGAAGUGGAGGAGGCCAAAAGGAGGGAGGAGAAACGACAGAGACGCAUGGAGAAGAAGAGGAGGAAGGCCCAGAAGCUACCCUACUAUACCAACUAUAGUCAUGGUCGUCUGAUGAUCCACACUCUGUGUACCAGCCACUACCUGGACCUCUUCAUCACCUUCAUCAUCUGUAUCAAUGUCAUUACUAUGUCCCUGGAGCACUACAGCCAACCACAGUCAUUGGAGACGAGUCUGAAGUAUUGUAACUAUUUCUUCACCACAACCUUUGUGGUGGAAUCUGUCCUCAAGCUCAUCGGCUUCGGGUUCCGACGCUUUUUCAAGGACAGGUGGAACCAGCUGGACCUGUCCAUAGUGUUGUUGUCAGUGAUGGGCAUCAUUCUGGAGGAGAUUGACUACAAUGCUUCUCUACCCAUCAACCCGACCAUCAUCAGAAUCAUGAGGGUGCUGCGGAUAGCACGAGUUCUCAAGCUAUUGAAGAUGGCUACAGGAAUGAGAGCUCUUCUAGAUACAGUGGUUCAGGCUCUACCUCAGGUGGGGAACCUGGGCCUGCUGUUUAUGUUGCUGUUCUUCAUCUACGCUGCUCUGGGGGUGGAACUGUUUGGAGAGCUGGUGUGUAAUGCUGACUACCCGUGUGAGGGCAUGAGUCGGCACGCCACCUUCGAGAACUUUGGCAUGGCCUUUCUCACCCUCUUCCAGGUCUCCACCGGAGACAACUGGAACGGCAUCAUGAAGGACACCCUGCGUGAGUGCCCUCCAGGACCCAGUGACUACCCGUGCCACGCUGGACUCCAGUUCAUCUCUCCCAUGUACUUUGUCUCUUUCGUCCUCACCGCCCAGUUCGUACUCAUCAACGUGGUGGUGGCUGUGCUCAUGAAGCACCUGGACGACUCAAACAAAGAGGCCCAGGAGGAUGCUGAGAUGGAUGCAGAGAUUGAGCUGGAGCUAGCCCAGGGACAACUCCAACUACCCACCUGCUGCAUGGGGGGGCUGGGCACUGGGCUGGUCGUGGCUGGAGCCUCUGGAGCGCCUGGUGGAGGUGGAGGGUUGGAAGGAGGAACCAGGCAGGGUCAGGGGGUAGGGCUGAUGACAGGGGCCGUAGUGGAUCACAGUGGAGUGACCCCUCCCCAUAGAGGAGGAGAAAGACACGAGGGACACAGACGGCAUCACAGGCGGAAGCUGUACUCACCUGCACAGGUUUGUGCACAGGAGAGUCAGUGGUUGGACAGUGUAUCUCUGCUGAUAAAGGACUCAUUUGAAGGAGAGAUGCUGAUGAUUGACAACCUCUCUGGAUCUGUCUUCCAUCACUACUCCUCUACCUCUUCUCCUGUCUGGAAGGACUACAAGGGGAAUCUGCAAGAGAUCCGAUUGGCUGAGGUGGAGCAGGCGUCUCUGAUGUCAGAGCAGUUUUCUGACAAGUCGUCAUCACUGGCCCUUCCUGAUGAUCUUAGUCUGGACGACCACAGUGACUACCAGCUCCUGGUCAGGGACGGCAAGGAGGAGAGAGGGAGCAGUGACUCCCACAGUUCUGAGGAAUUGAGGGGGAUUCAGGCUGGGUGUGGAGGGCGUUGGGGGCACGGAGGUACUCGACCCCACAGCAGAGGCCCUGAAGAUGGGGUAGGAUUCCUGCUAGAGGUGGGUGCCCAGCCCCAGUUCCAGAGCCAGUCUCUCCAGUUCCUCCACCACAACAGAGAUGGUGAUGGCCAUCACAGUGACCAGGUUGGCAGUGUCGGAUGUAGAGGUUCCUCCUCUCCUCUCUUCCAUCUCCCUGUGGAGUUCUUUCACCCCGCCACAGCCACAGCGGUCCCCCACCCAUCCACAGGACGGGGUAGACCCAGGGGGAGAGAGGCAUCCAGGCUGCCAUCCCCAGCCUCCUGGUCCUCUUUGCGCUCCCCAGGGGCCAAUAACAGUGUCCUAGACUCCCCAGGGGCCACCAGCAGAGUCCUAGACUCCCAAGGGGCCAAAAGCAAGGUCCUAGACUCCUCAGGGGCCAACAGUAGGAUCCUAGUUUCCCAGCACCUGUCCCACAGUGACUCGUCCUUGGCCACAGGCAGCUCCGAGGGAAGCCUCCAGACCACCCUGGAGGAAGGUCUCAGCUUUAGCGUCUCCCCCUCGAGGAGACUUGGGACUCUCCCCUGGCUCUGCCUCUCCUCUGCCCUCUCCCCUCCCUCACCUCGGUGA